ACGGGGUUCGCCCUAAUUCUCUCUCGCUCUCCCUCUCCCUCUCUCUCUCCCCCCCCCGCCAUUAAUGGGCUCCGCUACUCCUGAAGCAAAGCCAGAGGAGGCGGCGCCGACGAAGCCCAGGGCGAAGAAGGUGUGGCCCUACCUCGUGCUACUCACGCUUCAGUACGGCACACAGCCGCUGAUCUCCAAGCGCUUCGUGAGGCGAGAAGUCAUUGUGACCUCGUUAGUUCUAUCAUGUGAAAUAGCAAAGGUUAUAUGUGCCCUGAUUCUUUUAGCAAAAGAGGGUACUUUGAAGAAACAAUUUGACCGGUGGACUAUUGUUGGAUCAUUGACUGCGUCAGGACUUCCUGCAGCCAUCUAUGCUUUACAGAAUAGUUUGCUGCAGAUAUCUUACAAAAAUCUGGAUUCGCUCACCUUCUCCAUCCUUAACCAGACAAAAAUAUUUUUCACAGCUUUAUUUACCUUUAUUAUUCUAGGGCAGAAGCAAUCAGCCAAACAAGUUCUAGCCCUUGCCUUGUUAAUUAUAGCCGCCAUCCUUUUAAGUAUUGGGGAGAGCACCAGUGGAGGCUCUAGUGGUGGUAGCUCUGAUCAUGUUUUAUUUUACGGAAUCAUUCCUGUUAUGGUUGCUUCUGUCCUCUCGGGCUUGGCUUCUUCUUUGUGCCAGUGGGCUUCUCAGGUUAAAAAACAUACCUCGUACUUAAUGACUGUAGAAAUGUCACUGUUUGGAAGUAUGUGCUUGUUAGCGAGUACCUAUCAAUCACCAGACGGGGAGGCCAUUAGGAAAUAUGGGUUCUUUCAUGGCUGGACUGUGUGGACUCUGAUACCUGUCGUAUCAAAUGCUGUUGGCGGGAUUCUCGUUGGCCUCGUCACAGCUUAUGCGGGAGGGGUCAGAAAGGGUUUUGUCAUAGUUUCGGCCCUACUUGUGACCGCAUUACUGCAGUUUAUUUUCGAUGGGAAACCUCCAUCGCUCUACUGCUUAGCGGCGCUACCUCUUGUUAUCAUCAGCAUUUUCAUUUACCAGAAAUAUCCAUACAUCGAUAGGAAGAAGAAAGACUGAUGAGCCCUUUUCAUGCAAGAGAAAUUUUCCGACUCGGCAUGAUUCGGACUCUACCAACUGUAUCUCCUACAAGGACUAGUAAUACAUCAAAGCUCAUGUAGGUGGUAUAAUAAUUUAGUGUAGCUAACUUAGGAUUACUGGGAGCAACCGGGAUUAUAUCUUGUAAGCAUUGUUGACAAUCUUGAAGCGGGAAAUAUAUAUCCUGUGCAACUCUUUCUGGGUAAUCUGAAUAAAGUUCACUGUGAUCUCGGAUUACAUGGAGGAUGAAUCAAAUACAGUAACUGGAAAAUGUUCUUCUAGGAUUUUUUGUAAUUUUGGCACGGUAACGUGAACUAAACGGUUAUGGAA